GCUUGUUUUCUGUGUGCACUUGCAGGUGUCGGAAAGUCUUCACUCGUUCACCUCUUGUGUCAAAACCAGGUGCUGGGAAACCCGUCCUGGACCGUGGGCUGCUCCGUGGAUGUGCGAAUCCAUGACUACAAAGAAGGGACUCCAGAAGAGAAGACCUUUUACAUAGAGCUGUGGGAUGUUGGAGGUUCAGUCGGUAGUGCCACUAGUGUUAAAAGCACACGAGCAGUGUUUUAUAACUUGCUGAAUGGUAUAAUUUUAGUGCAUGACUUAACCAACAAGAAAUCAUCCCAGAAUUUGUAUCGCUGGUCUUUGGAAGCACUCAACAGAGAUGUCGCUCCAACAGGAGUUCUUGUGACAAAUGGUGACUAUGACCGUGAGCAGUUUGCUGAUAACCAGAUUCCACUGCUGGUAAUAGGAACUAAGCUGGAUCAGAUCCCAGAAACUAAGCGGAAUGAAGUUUUGACCAGAACAGCUUUCUUGGCUGAGGAUUUCAAUGCUGAAGAGAUAAAUUUGGAUUGCACCAAUCCUCGUUACCUGGCUGCAGGUUCAUCCAAUGCUGUAAAGCUAAGCAGGUUUUUUGAUAAAGUCAUAGAGAAGAGAUACUUGUUAAGAGAUGGCAAUCAGAUUCCUGGCUUCUCUGAAAGAAAAAGGUUUGGAGGAGGAACGCUGAAGAGCCUUCAUUAUGAUUGAAUACUGAAGAAGUGGAAGAUGAGUACUACGAGUUCCUAAUGACAUUCCCAUUCUGACUGGAUGCUUAAAGACAAUAAUGCUUAUGUCAAACAGAAUAAAAUGGCCAGGUAGACUGCUGAAGCUACUUUUGCUGGAAAAGACUUCGGAAGAAUUUCCAAAAAUCUAAUCUGAAGCCUAGAAUGUUUCUUAUGAUUGCAGGCUGUCUGGAUAUAUGGGAACAUUUGGGGAAAGCGUGCAAUAAAUUGAAUGCCUCUCACACUGCUGUGGGAAACGUUAUCAUACACAGCCUGUAUGUGUGACAUCUUUGCCUCCAUUUUGGAAAACUUGUUUACAGUCUUUGCAAUAACUUACAUUCAUCUUACCUCUAAAGGAAAGAUGACACUGAGUGGGCUUCUCAUUUACAGCAAAGUGAACAAAACAAGUGACCAAAAUGUAAGGAUGGGUAAGGAAUGAUCUGGAAAAUAAUAGCAAUGCCUUCAUUAAGUGAAUGGUGUUGACUCACCUGGAACACACUGUUCAGCCCUAUUCAAAAGGGAUAAAAGAAAUAGACAAGAGAUGAAUAAAGAUUUGAAGCCUUAAAAAGAAAGUGAGUAGAAAACAAGUGGUAUUCUGCUGCUUAAAUAAAAAUUGUUUACUUUGUCCUCUCCAAAGUGAAUCAGGUAAUCCUGUUUAUAUUUUCAUAAUUGAGUGUGGUCUUGUUCUUAAAUUAAGAGGCAAUGCAUU